AUGACUGAAGCUGCAACCCUUUGCACUUCUCCUCCGUCGUCAACCACCGCAUCGGAGAAAAUUCUCCGCCGUGAAAUUAAUUAUCAGAACUUUUCCACCACCGUUUAAGUAAGUUAGUUACACUUUAAUUCUCUUGGAUCUUGUUUUCCUCGAGUUUCGUUAAUUCGAUCCGAUUUUUGUGGUUAAAAAGAGGACUUUUCGUGGUUUUAUUCACAAGUUUUUAAAAGUUUUAUCUUUUGGGAAACUCAGAUUCCGAUUCUUAUCUUUCUUCAUCUAUUUCUUCCUUUGUUUGUUUUUUCCGAAUUGAAACAUUAUGGAACUUAAGGUUUUGCACUUGUCGCAUAAUGUUCUAUCUCAUUCUCCAUCUUCAUCACAAACUUUAGCUUCAGCAAUUUCAUCUCCUUCAUCCAAACCUCGAAACAAAUUCGUUCCAUGUUCAGCUUUGUUUCGAUCCAGAAAGUUUGUUCUUCACAGGUCUCGAUCUUUGGAUCAAUACCCACUUUCUACUACACGAAGGAGAAGUACUAUUAGAAGGGCUUUCAGUGCAAGCUUAGAUUCGUUCUCUGAUGAAGAAUUUGCGAAGAAAAUCGAAGAUUUAGCUUUCAGGUUCCAGAUUUCAAGCGAGAACAAUGCGAUUAUGGAUUUGGAAAGUUUCGAAGAGAGUUUAAAAACAAGUUUAGCUUCUUCUUCUUCUUCGGGUUCUUCGAAGGUUAACUUUGCGGCAGAGUUUGAACCGCCUUGGAACGGAAGCCAUGGCGGUGAGGAAAUCAUGCCGGCGAUAAUUGAACGGAAAGCGAACAGCGUGGAGCUUCCGUUUUCGUUGCGGAUUAUAAAAAAGAAGCUGAGAUUGAAAGAAGAGUUCAGAGAGGUAGGUGAAUCGGCGCGUUGUUCAGUGAAGAAAGCUUUUUCUUCCAUGGUUUUCAUCAUCAGAGAGCUUCAAUGUUUCACUUUACAAAUGAGAGAGGCUCUUCUCUACGAGGAUUUACAAGGGAUUCUCGAAAGGGUACAAAGGGAAAUGCACGCUUCAUUCGUGUGGCUAUUUCAACAAGUUUUCUCUCAUACACCGACUUUAAUGGUUUAUGUUAUGAUUCUCUUAGCAAAUUUUACAGUUCAUUCAAUGUCAAGCAACAACGCUAUCGCCGCCGUUGCUCCGCCGGUUGAGACGGAAUCUAUCGUCGAGUUUCACGAUAAUGACUUUCAGAAAUUCGAUUCGUCUGUGAUUAAAUCGUUCUCUGUAUCAAACGGAAAUAACACGGCUUCGGUCGACGGAGGAAGCGGCCGAGGCGGGAAAUUCAAACCGGUAGCGAGUGGGUUCGAUGGGGAUGGCCGGUUUGAUAAAACCGGAACCGGUUUUUCAAAUGGAGGUGUUUAUAAAACAGGGGAAAAUGAACCGGAGUCGGUUUUAGGAAAAGAAGAUGAAGUAGAAGAAACGAAACUAUGGGAAGAUAUGGUGGAAGAAGCUUCUAGAAUGGAAGUGGAUUUAGAUCGAGAAGCAAUGAAACGAUUCGUUUCACCGGUUUCUGCUAGGAUUGAAUCUGAUGAUUAUGCUGAGUAUUUGAGAACAGAACUUGUUUAUCAAACCGCGUUAUCUCAAGAACCAAACAAUGCUCUCUUACUCGCAAAUUAUGCUCAGUUUCUUUACAUCGUUGCACAUGAAUUUGACAGGGCAGAGGAAUACUUCAAAAAAGCUAUAGAAGUGGAGCCACCGGAUGCUGAGUCGUUUAACAAAUACGCAAUGUUUUUAUGGAAAGUGAAAAACGAUUUGUGGGCUGCUGAGGAGACAUAUUUGGAGGCAAUUUCGGCUGAACCUAGUAACACUUAUUAUGCUGCAAACUAUGCUCAUUUUCUAUGGAAUACUGGUGGAGAGGAUACGUGUUUUCCUCUUGAUAAUUCUCAAGAAGUUUAAGUUAAAAUAAGAUGAAAGUUGGAGGAAAAAUAUAUACAAAGAGAAAAAGAAAAAUGAAAAAUUUUGUAGCUUAUAUUGAUCUUUUUUCAAUCUUUUGAUUUUUUUAUGGGGUGGAUAGGUUGGGUGAAGAUCAGUGAAAGAGAUGGAAUAAUCUUGGGAUAUUUGUACAAUUGUAAUUAUAUAACUGUACAUAACUCUUAUGAUAGUACAUGUUAAUCUUUGAUUAGUUGA